AUGGCACAUCUAAACCGCAUCAACGUCCAAAUCCCAACCACCCAAUCCCCCCUAAUCAGCUGGCUAUACCCCGUCCCAAAAUCACAAUCCAUAAUAAUCCUCGCCCACGGUCUAGGCGCAACCAAAGAACUCAAACUCUCAAGCUACGCAUCCUCAUUCCAAAAAGCCGGCUACACCAGCCUCGUCUUUGACUACCGCUGCAACGGCGAGACAGCAGGCCAGCCCCGCGGACUUGUAGACUGGGACAUGCAACAAGAAGAUUGGAGAUCAGCCAUUGCAUACGCACGAGAAUUAAAAGGCAUUGAUCCGGAUUGUGUGGCGUUGUUCGGAACAUCGUUUAGCGGUGGCCAUGUCAUUCAACUUGCUGCAGAGGAUGCUCGGAUUCGGGCUGUCAUUUCUCAGUGUCCAUUUACGGAUGGGGUGAGGAGUUCGAUGACCGUUGGGCUUAGGGCUUUGCCUGGGCUGGUUUGGGCAGGGAUUUGGGAUAAGAUGUUUGGGAAUACGGUUGUUAAGCUUGUUGGGGCGCCUGGGGAUGUUGCGUUGAUGAAUGCACCAGAUGUAUUGGGGACUUUUCCUCCGCUUAUUCCUGACGGAUAUGCUUUUCAGGAUGAGAUUCCUGCUCGAUUGGUUUUGAGAUUUCCGUUCUUGAGACCUGGGAUGUAUGCGUCGAAGGUGCAGUGUCCUAUUUUCUUUGGAGUCUGUGGAACGGACUCUGUUGCGCCGGCUGGUCCGACGCUUUCUUAUGCGAAGACUGCGCCGAAGGGAGUUGUUCGGUUGUAUGAUGGUGUGGGCCAUUUUGAGAUUUAUUAUGGUGAUGCUUUUGACAAAGCUAUUGUGCAUUAUUUGGAGUUCUUGCGAGAUAAUCUCCCGGUUGGUACUGGAGAGAAGCAUUGA